CAAACAUCCCAGCCCCCAAUCCAAUAGCACCAUUGUUGUUCCAAUAGUUUUCGGAUCUCUCAUUCCGCUCCCUCUUUGCUCUUCUUUUCCGUGACUGUACUGGUUUGGACGCGGAUGUCAAGUUGAGAGAGCCGGUCUCUUCCACCGCCUCGCAUCCUCUAAAUAUGACAAGCCAAACCAUACCCAUGAAUUCCACGACAAGAUGAUCAGCAUCGACCUUUCUAUCUCAUGAUGAACCCCGUCUUCAAUCCUCCUGUGGGCAACCAGGCGUUCUCUGGUAGCGUCAGACGAUCACACUCAUCAAGAAACAAGCGCAAGAGGAGGGAUGCACAAGAUGGAGCGCAGGGGGAACAGCAGGACAAUGAGUUUAUUGCAGGCAACAAAGCGAUGCCCGCAUCGACGAAUGUCGAGUAUUCUGCUGUCGUAAGCCCGCUGGAGAGGCACCAGCAUCGUAUUGCGGGCCUGCCUCUCGAUCAGCCUUUUCCUCCGUUACCCUUUCCUCACUCUCAGCUGUCUUCUAGCCUCCGCGAAGAUUUUUUCCGGACUGAGGUGGGCGGAGAUUCACGGGAAGGCCUCGAUGAAGAACCACGUUCCCUGCAUUUCCACCACUUGGGCGCCCUCACAGCUAUAGUCCACCGCAGCUUGCUCUGCAAAGAUUUCGCCCGUGCCUCAAGAGCUUUGGGCUUGAUAUUUCGAGAUGCCAGUGUGAAACGCAGCUCCGCUCUUCGGAAUCAAGGAUACAUGGGCAUAGCCGCCGAAGUUUUAUUGCGAAGAGGCUCCGCUAAGCCCACCUCGAGCGAUGCCUUGCCGUCCACUGCGUUCACUCGCGAAGGGUUUGAGAAUGCAAGGCGGUUUUAUGAGAGACUUAUUGUGAAGCACCCGUAUCACAAAUCCUGGCCUGGCUCUACCAAUGCUGUUGACUUUUAUCUAGCGUUGUUCAACAUCUGGGUCUACGUUGUGCAUAGCGAGCACACUUCUUAUGCGCAGGCCUACGCCAGAAGCGGUGAAGAAGCCGAGUCGGGAGAGAACUCCCACGGGCUAGAUGGCUCAGACAUGCCCAUCGAUAUUAAGGUGAGAGAACUUGAAGAGGCCAAAACGAUCGCUUCCAGGAUGGACACUUGCAUGGCAAGCCUCCCUUACAAGGACGAACCUGAACUCAUCAGACUACGAGCCAUGGUUGCUCUAUGGAUCGCAGAUCUCCACCACGCCGUGUUAAAUUCGCAGAGGAACAACGUCGAGAUUAGCAAUGAUGGUUAUCUGGAGGAGUCUCGACUGUCUCCGUCUCCGAUUGGGCCGCAAGGGUGGGCCGAGGAUCACAGUUACGAGGCUCUGAAGGCACGGGAUAUUGCGGAGGAGCUGCUUGCAAGGCUGAGAAGCGACACGAACCCUGGUGAGGACGGGGAAUGAAUGCUCGAAUGAUCGAUUCGCGUGAUACGAGCACGGGGCCCUCCACAAGCGGGUCAUUUCAGAUGUGUUUCAGCACAGGGCGGCAGCAGAUCAAGAGAAGGGACCAGGAGUGUACGAGUAGGAGAAAAGGAGCUUAUAGAAGGCUGAGUUUUGCACCACGUGUGCCAGCGCGUUCUCGUCGUUCGAGUUUUUUAGGAGUUCGAAGUGAUAGUGUUUCUAUGAUUAUCACGUGACUCGCAUGCUGCAACCGACGCUUUUCAUU